UCUAUCUCAUCUUUAUUUAUUUAUUUUUCUACAUCUUUUAUAAUAAGUUGGUAUUUUUAUAAUUUAUUUAUAUAUAAAAAAAAAAACACAUUUUUUAUAAUUGAAUAGGCCUUUAAUUCUCAAAAUUUAAACCGCGCCUCUCUCGAAACAGUCUGAUUUAAAUCGUGACCUGGACAUCAACGCUCUUGCUCCCAAACAGGUCGUCCUAAGAACACGAAGGAAUUUAAGAGACGCCUCGAGUCGUUCCACAAGUCAUCGACCCAGAACCUUCCAGAACCACCUCCACACCCAUCCACCCACAACUCUCUCUCUCUCUCUUAAUCCACCUUCGUUUUAUAAACCCUACCCUUCUUCCUCUGCAACAACACAAAAUUUAAAUCUGAAGCUUCUCCUGAUCUAACGCCUCCCGAUUCUCUGCGUUUACUACCAUGGCGGACGAAGCCAAAGCCAAAGGUAACGCGGCCUUCUCCGCUGGCAAGUUCUCCGACGCCAUACGCCACUUCUCUGAUGCCAUCUCCCUCUCCCCCACUAAUCACGUGCUCUACUCCAACCGAUCAGCCGCUUACGCAUCCCUCCAUCAAUACCACGAUGCCCUCUCCGACGCCAAGAGGACUGUGGAGCUCAAGCCUGAUUGGUCCAAAGGCUACAGCCGUCUCGGAGCUGCCUACCUCGGGCUCAACAACCAUGAAGAAGCUGUUUCCGCUUACAAGAAGGGGCUCGAGAUCGAUCCAAGCAAUGAAGCCCUCAAGUCCGGCCUAGCCGAUGCCCAAGCCGCAGCUUCCCGAUCCCGCUCCGUGCCGCCGUCGCCCUUCGGCGAUGCCUUCCAGGGCCCCGAGAUGUGGGCAAAGCUGACUGCGGAUCCAACCACCAGGGCUUUUCUGCAGCAGCCUGAUUUCGUGAAGAUGAUGCAAGAUAUUCAGAAAAACCCUAACAGUCUCAACCUGCAUUUGAAGGACAAGAGGGUGAUGCAAGCUUUGGGGGUUUUGCUUAACUUGAAGUUUCGGACGCCCACGGACGAUGCGGAGAUGCCUGAAUCCUCUCCAAAACCGGAGAGGAAGAGGGAGGCGGAACCUGUGAAGAGGCCAGAACCGGAGCCCGAGCCUGAGCCGGAACCAAUGGAGAUAGCAGAGGAGAGGGAGGCGAAGGAGAUGAAAGCGCAGGCACAGAAGGAGAAGGAGGCGGGGAAUGCAGCAUAUAAGAAGAAGGAUUUCGAGACUGCAAUUCAGCAUUAUACGAAGGCAAUUGAAUUGGACGAUGAGGAUAUUUCGUUUCUCACAAACCGUGCUGCUGUAUACUUGGAGAUGGGACAGUAUGAUGAAUGCAUCAAAGACUGCGAUAAAGCUGUUGAGAGAGGGAGGGAGUUGAGGUCAGAUUUUAAGAUGAUAUCAAGGGCCCUGACUAGGAAGGGAACUGCAUUGGUAAAAAUGGCAAAAUGCUCCAAAGAUUAUGAACCAGCAAUUGAAACGUUCCAGAAGGCUCUUACAGAGCACCGCAAUCCAGAAACAUUAAAGAAACUCAAUGAUGCUGAGAAAGCAAAGAAGGAUCUUGAGCAACUGGAGUACUUUGAUCCAAAAAUAGCUGACGAGGAGCGUGAGAAAGGUAAUGAGUAUUUCAAGCAGCAGAAGUAUCCAGAAGCUGUGAAGCAUUAUACAGAAUCUCUGAGGAGGAAUCCUAAAGAUCCAAAGGCUUAUAGUAACAGGGCCGCAUGCUACACAAAAUUGGGGGCAUUACCAGAGGGACUGAAGGAUGCGGAGAAGUGCAUUGAGCUGGACCCUACCUUUGCCAAAGGGUACACAAGAAAAGGUGCCAUCCAAUUUUUCAUGAAAGAACAUGACAAAGCUUUGGAAACAUACCAGGAGGGGCUUAAACAUGAUCCAAACAACCAGGAAUUGUUGGACGGUGUAAGAAGGUGUGUUGAACAAAUUAACAAAACCAGUCGUGGGGAUAUAAGCCCUGAGGAUCUGAAGGAGAGACAGGCAAAGGCAAUGCAUGACCCAGAAGUUCAGAACAUCCUUACUGAUCCCAUUAUGAGACAGGUGUUGGUGGACUUCCAAGAGAAUCCCAAAGCUGCCCAGGAGCACAUGAAGAACCCGUUAGUCAUGAACAAGGUCCAGAAGCUGGUCAGCGCUGGGAUUGUCCAGAUUAGAUAGAUUUCCAAUUGCAUCUGCAUGAACCGAAGCAUUGGGGCUUCCAUCAAUUGUACUUUCUGGGUGUGAAUUUGAGGGGGGAUAAGGAUUAAUUUAUCAAAACUAACGUCAGCUUUGAAAAUUUUUGAUAUGUUGAUUUCUCUUGCCCGGCUUUGUUAAUGAUGUCUGUUGGAAACCUA